UGGCACAAACUUUCCUCCCGGGACGGAACACUGUCUCGGGGAGCCCGUACCCGCGCCUUCUCGUCUGCUAGUUCCGAACGCUGCUGAGAUGGGCUGUGGAUUAAACAAGUUAGAGAAACGCGAUGACAAACGGCCUGGAAAUAUCUAUUCCACUUUGAAGAGGCCUCAGGUGGAAACCAAGAUAGACGUGUCCUAUGAAUACCGCUUCCUGGAGUUCACUACCCUGAGCGCAGCCGAGCUCCCGCGGUCCUCAGCAGUGAGGCUGGCCUCCCUGCGAGACCUGCCCGCCCAGCUCCUGGAGCUGUACCAACAGGGAUUUUUGUUGGUGGCCCUGCACCCUUUUGUGCAACCAACCCACAAGCAGGAGAAGACACCCCUUGAGCACAUCUUCAGGGCCAUCCUGAUCAAGAAAACUGACAGAUCUCAGAAAACCGAUCUUCACAAUGAAGGCUACAUCUUGGAAUUAGAUUGCUGUUCCUCCUUAGUUCAUCUGGCAGACCAAAAAAUCAUCCCAGAGUUCAUUAAGAAGAUCCAGGAGGCCGCGAGUCGGGGCCUGAAAUUCGUGGGUGUCAUACCUCAGUACCACUGCCCAGUGAACUCAGCAGGCACCAGUCCCCCUGUGGACACCAGAGAUGUGAAAACAGAGCCAGGCGGGGGUGGGGACAAGAAGAACCCACCUGCUCCAGGAGGGGUGGACGGAAGCCCAGAGCCAAACCAGGGCCCAAGAGGGGACACCCCCAGCGCCGAGCAGCCCAGCUUGCCUUUGGAGGAGGGGGACGGUGCAGAAUAUUCCAAGGCUCCGGAUGGACCAGAUGGUGACCUGUACGAAGUGCAUGGGGAACCAGCCUUGGGAAAAAUGGAGAUCUUGGCCCUUUUCAACAGACCGAAGAGCCAUCAGGAGUGCCGGCAAUACUACCCCGUCACCAUCCCUCUCCGGGUCUCCACGAACGGCCAGACGGUGAGCGGUUUGGAUGCCAACUGGCUGGAGCACAUGAGCGAGCACUUCAGGAAAGGAGGCGUGCUGGUGAACGCAGUCUUCUACCUCGGCAUGGUCAACGAUUCCUUACACAGCCUGACAGAUGGAGUAUUCAUCUUUGAAGCUGUUUCCACAGAAGAUAGCAAAACCAUGCCGGGCUAUGAUGCUAUUGUUGUCGAACAAUGGACGGUCCUGGAAGGCGUCGAGGUGCAGACAGAUUACGUGCCCCUGCUGAACUCGCUGGCAGCCUAUGGCUGGCAGCUCACCUGUGUGCUACCAACGCCUGUUGUCAAGACUAACAGGGAGGGAAACGUGUCCACCAAGCAGAUUGUCUUUCUUCAGAGACCGUGUCUACCUCAGAAAAUCAAGAAGAAGGAAUCCAAGUUUCAGUGGCGAUUCUCCCGAGAAGACAUGCACAGCAGGCAGACGAGGAAAUCCAAAGGUAAACUCGGCUCCAGGGACAAGCGACAAGCAGAAGAAAACGACAAGAACCUAGAGGACCAGUUUUCCAAGGCCGGAGACGUGGGAAACUGUGUGCCGAGCCGGCAGCAGGAGGAAGGAGCCGCGGAGGAGGCCAAGCUCCCCGUCCAAGAGUUCGCCAUGGAACAGCUGUGUCCCGACGGCCGGCUCCGCGUGGAGGCCGGGGCCGUGCAGAAUGGGCCUGCGGGCCGCUGUGGGGCCCCGGCCGGGGGCUGCGAGGGGCCCUCGGAUCCUGGGGAGGAUGCCAGGGAGGGAGGUGCUGAGGAAGUGGCUGCAGAGACAGAAGACAACUGAGUCUCAGCAGUCGGUGCUGCAGCGGGACGAGUUGGCCAACCCCAGGCACAGCGCCAGCAGCCGGGUCAGGGCUGGUUGGCCCUGGUGCCCUGUGUUACCCUUUGGCUUGACUUGACCUCUCCUUGUGAGCUCGCCCAGGCCCUCCAAGGGCUGGCUUCCUGACAGUGUUGGUUUAUGCACAUCCGUUUGAAACAUGUCAUAAUGCCCCAAUGUUAGAAUGCAAGAGGUCAGGUCAUUUCUUCUAAACCUCAGGGCCGAAGGCCCAGCCCUGGCUCUACCACUCCUUAGCGGGAGGGUCUGGACCGUCCAGUGCCUGUGUCCGCCCCCAGGGCCCCCAGGGAGCAUUUAGGGCUGUGUGUUGUUCAUUCCCACACCCUGCCGGGCGGUGUCCAUCCUCUCCUGUCCUCUGCAGCUCCCUGGUGACUGUAACAACCCCUGGAACCCUGUCAGCUGCUCUUCACCUAAAGCCCAGGCCCCUGCUGCUUUGGCAAAGAAAAGGACAUUAGGGGAGGGGAGGUGCUCCACCUCCUGGCUUUCCUCAAAGUGUUCCCGUAGAUGCUGGUAAUCUGGAAAUGAAAAGGUAAUUCUGUGUGUGCACCUGCUUGUGCAGAGUGUCCAAGAAAGUAUUCUGUGUUAGUAUUAAUGCCAAAAAAUUUUUUAAAGGUUUUGUAUUCAGCACAUCGUGUGAACUCAUGUUCUUUCUGUCAUUUCAGGGCAGCCCGACAGAUUGGCUGCCCCCGUCAUGUGCUACUUUAAUCUGUGUAUCAUUGGCCAAGUUGUUUCCUAUGUAUGCUCUCACGUGUUUAUAUUGUCCAGAAAGUAUGGUUAAGGCUUUAAGUAGAUGCGACUGGUGUCUUGACCAAAACAACAGCCUAUCUCUUUCUUGUUUAGUUACUUAAAGCAAUAAAUCAUCUAUGAGUUAGAGCA